AUGGAUCAGAAGAAGGAAGAAGGUACCAUUGAGGAACCAUUAGAUCUCAUUAGACUGAGUCUUGAUGAGAGGAUAUUCGUAAAGAUGAGACAGGAUAGAGAGUUGAGAGGAAAGCUACAUGCAUAUGAUCAACAUUUGAACAUGGUACUUUCUGAUGUCGAAGAGACUAUUAAGGUCAUCGAAAAGGAUGAGGAGACUGAUGAAGAGAUUGUAAAGAAUAUCAAACGUAACAUAGAGAUGCUUUUUGUACGUGGAGACGGUGUCAUUCUGAUCUCUCCACCACUCAGGACAUCAUAA